AUGAAACUUGAGAUGUCCCUAAAGAUAAAGGAGGAAAUGAAGAAGCAAUUCGAUGCAGGUUUAUUGGCCAUUGCCCGGUACCCAGAAUGGGUUGCCAAUAUCGUGCCAGUCUCGAAAAAGGAUGGGAAAGUGCGAAUGUGCAUGGACUAUCGGGAUCUAAAUCGAGCCAGUCCAAAGGAUAACUUUCCUUUACCGCACAUCGACAUUCUCGUAGAUAACACGGCUAGUUUUGCCCUAUUCUCUUUCAUGGAUGGGUUGAGACUGAAUCCCGCGAAGUGUACGUUUGGGGUAAAGUUCGGAAAGUUGCUUGGCUUUACUGUUAGCCAGAGAGGAAUAGAAGUGGAUCUGGACAAGGUGAAAGCGAUCCUCGAGAUGCCCUAG